AUGUUGUUUCAGUUGAAUAGCAUUAUUGUUGAUAUGCGUUUUACUUACAUGCAGAUGUUUGUAUCGGAUACUAAUAUCUUGCAGGGAAGUUCUACGUCUUCACCAGAUUCAGAUCCACCUGCCCAGUAUUUAAAGUUGGAUCCAAUAACUACAGGAGGUCCAAAGCAUACUAGAUUAAAUGACUUAAAACGGAUCAUCAGAAUAUCUAAAGGAGGUCCAAAGUCUCGCGUUCUAGUGGAUCUGGAGGAAUUGAAACGAUUCAAAGCAAGCCUAAAGGAGGCUUCUUCCAAGGCUAGUAACGGAUCAAAGAUUUUGGAUGAAUCUGUACACAAAUUGAACACAUGUUGGGAGGCCAUAAACUCAAAGAAGCAAUUUCAGAACGAGGGGCUGCCAAAUGAAAAGAUUGCAAAUCAAAACCCAGGGGACAGGCCUAAGGAAAUCAUUCCGAACACGCACGUUGGUGCAUCAGCUGCUGAGAUACAGGCGGAAGGGCAAAACAAUAGUUUUGGGAGACAGCCUUUGGCAAUUGGAAAGGAUAGAGACCACAUUAAGGAUGUUGGCAAGGUUUGUGAUGGUGUUCAAGAGAAGAUUCAAAAGUUACCUGAAAGUGAAGAAACAUGGGAUAGACAAAUGAAAAGAAAACAUUCCAUGGGCACCGUCUUAGCUGGAUCCACUGAUGGGGAAGGAGAGCCGAAAAGAGUUAAGUAUCUAAAGCAAGCUAAUGAGUCUGGUCUGCAGUCUUGUGAUGCCAUAGGUUUGAGAUUUGAUUUUGAUGAUCAUGGCAAAAAUUAUACCGGUGGUAUUUAUCCACAUACAAAAGGCAAAGCUUCAAGGGCACCUCAAACUGGUAACUUAAUAGUUGGAAACUCAUCUCCGGAAACACUCGACGCCUGGGAGCAACCUUCAAAUGUGAACCAGCGCCAUUCAUUGAUUGGGGCAAUCAAUCAUAAGCGUCCUAUUCCUGUUGAAUCUUCUAUAUCCCAUUUAUCCCAAUGGGUUGGACAGAGGCCUCAAAAAAUUUCUCGCACUCGAAGAGCAAAUGGUGCUUCCCCGCCGGUCUAUAAUUGUGAUGAAAUGCCUAUGCCAUUUGAAGACUAUUCCCCUUCUAGCGGUACUAUAAUGACUCCGACUACAACUGGAAAUAUGAAGCCUUCUUCUCUUAAGAAUGCAAGAUCAAGGCGACCUCGUAAGAAGAAGUCACAAAAUAGUAGUAAAGCUAUUGCUCAUGUUGGGCAUCCAUCAACUACUGCUUUACCGGAUAUUGCGGGUAGAUCAGGUGAUGACUGUGAGUUAUUUGCGGCCAACUUUGCCAGCAAUGCCAGCUAUACUGGCUGUUUUAAUUCAUUCCAGAAGAAAAUGGAACCUAACUUUGCUCCUGUCAACUUGGAAGUCACAGACCACUUGAAGCAGCAGAAUUUGAACAAGAGGAACAUGUUAUCAUCAGAGAAUGGGGUUGUGCUUACGGACAACCUUUUUUCGCAAUAUCCGCUCGAAGGAGAAAGAGGGAGAAACAUUUUAAAUCAGUCUGAUUCAAAAGAGCUACCUUCAAUGGUUGACAUGGUUGAUCAACCUCACGACGGCACCUUUCUGUCCAGUCAAAUGGAUUUAGAAUACAAACUACCACCGUUGUACCAAAGAGUAUUGACAGCUUUGAUCAUGGACGAUCAAACUGAAGAAACUUUUGGAGAUGAAAACAUAUCUUUUCUGCAUGAAAGAGAUGACCCUUCUGUUGGAUUCUACACUGACACAGUUUCCUGUAAUGGGAAUGCUACAUUUACAUGUGACAAAAUGUUUAUGGAGGAUAAACUCUUAACGGAGCUACAGAGUGUCGGCAUAUAUCCAGAACCAGUGCCUGAGCUUGCUGAUGGAAGUUGUGAGGUUAUUGAUCAAGUAAUUACUCAAUUGCAGAAGGGAAGCUGUCAGCAGGCCACUCGGGGAACUAUUGCAGCAAAGUAUGGAAUUUCUAAGGCCUCAAGGCCAGUCCCUUUGGUUUUCAAGAAGAGGACUCUUGCUAGAUGCCGGACAUUUGAGGAAACCAGGAAAAGUUCCUUUCUGGAUCCCAUGUUUAAAGAUGUACUAUUUGCAACUCCUGCUCUUGACAACGAUACUUUUUCAACUUUUGAUGAUAUCCGACCACUUGCUCAAAACUCUCGGCAAGAUUUUGCACCAUCAGAUUCAUUGCCUUCCAGGGAGCAAAAUGUCAUGGGAAAUUCAAACCAUCCAUCCAAUCUGGAUUUUACCUGGACUGGACCAAUACUGAACGGAGGGAAGAAAGGUAAUGUGCUACCUGAUGAUGUUGGUGCUAGCGCUUAUAUGGGAGAGAAGAAAGGAAAAGUGCUACUUGAUGAUGUUGGUGCUAGUGCUUCUUUGGGAGGGGAAAAAGAAAAAGUGCUACUUGAUGAUGUUGGUGCUAGUGCUUCUUUGGGAGGGGAAAAAGAAAAAGUGCUACUUGAUGAUGUUGGUGCUAGUGCUUCUUUGGGAGGGAAGAAAGCUGAAGUGCUACUUGACGAUAUUGGUGCUAAUGCUUCUUUGGGAGGGAAGAAAGGAGAAGUGCUAUUUGAUGAUGUUGAUGCUAGUGCUUCUUUGGGAGGGAAGAAAGGAGAAGUGCUACUUGAAGGUGUUGGGGCUAGUGCUUCUUUGGGAGGUAAGAGAGGAGAAGUGUUACUUGACGUUGGUGCUAAUGCUUCUUUGGGAGGGAAGAAAGGAGAAGUGCUACUUGAUGAUGUUGAUGCUAGUGCUUCUUUGGGAGGGAAGAGAGGAGAAGUGCUACUUGACGUUGGUGUUGAUGCUAGUGCUUCGUCGGAAGGGAAGAAAGGAGAAGUGCUACUUGGUAGUGCUUCUUUGGGAGGGAAGAAGGGAGAAGUGCUACUCGAGGACGUUGGUGCUAGUGCAACUCUUGCUAAUUCGUUCUUGGGUGGAACAACGAGAAAGAGGAGUAAAAGAGGAACGAACAAGGACACUUCUAUGAGAAAUCAUGUUAAAAGAGGCGGUCGUUCUUCUGCAAGUAACACAAGGAGUGAGCGUAAAAUUAAAGUGAAGGCCAAGCCGAAGACAGAUCAACUCUCUACUUCUGCAAAGGGAUCUCUUGGCAAGCUGGUGGAAAAUACCGACUCUAAGCCUUAUUUGGCAUGUGGCUCUGAUCAACUGGUUUCCGGUGGUAACAAUAAUGUUGGCUCUGUAUCUCAAGAUUAUAGUACUAACAAUUUGGCCGUUGAAACUGAGGAUCCCUUGGAUUUAACAAACAUGCCUGAACUAGACUCCAUAGAAUUUGGUGCAGAUAAAGACCUGGAUUCUUGGUUAAACAUUGAUGUAGAUGCCUUAGAAGAUGAUGAUAAUGCGGUGGGCCUAGACAUACCGAUGGACGAUCUGUUCACGGUUCUGUGA